AACGUCAACAACCGACGAUGAUUGGAAACAGAGGGUAAUGCAAAUGAAUUUCAAUCCAGUGAAGAAGGGCACAUUCAUCUAAUACAUAAUUUAUCUGGACGCUUCCCCUAACGAUCUGAAGUCGAGUCUGUUAUUUAUUGGGUUUUUAACGUGAAAUUUAGUUUAACAUUUAGUCGAAUUUCUUCGAAGAAGGGGAAUGCCUCCAGUGAGGACCGGGUGAUACACCGAACCGUUUUGUUUUGGUUUUAAGCGUGGGAAUUGACUUCGACAUGUAAAACAUCUUUUCACAAACUCAGCUGAGAGCCGAAAAAAUCGCGAUGUCUUCCGCUGGUUACACGCCCUUGGAUGACACGGACACAGAUGAUCCUAAAAAGGGUCAAGAAAAUGAAGACGAAGAAACAAAAAGAAAGGGACCAAAGUCAAAAUUACAGAAAAUAAAGAAUGUUUUUCACAAGACUGGUUACCCCAGUGCAGUGUGGUAUAUUUUGGGAAAUGAGUUCUGUGAGAGAUUCUCAUACUAUGGAAUGCAUGCCAUUCUUGUCAUCUACCUGACACAGAUGUUGAAGAUGGAUGAUGACUCUGCCACGGCAGUUUAUCAUGCCUUUAACAUGUUGUGUUAUUUCAGUCCUCUUUUUGGUGCAAUGUUAGCAGACAGUCUAUUAGGGAAAUACAGGACCAUACUCUAUGUUUCAAUAAUUUAUGCCGUUGGGAAUGUCACGGUUGCUAUAACAUCAAUUCCUGCAGUCCUGGCAGUAGUAAAAACAGCUGGUCCGAUGAUUGGAUUGUUGUUGAUUGCGCUAGGCACAGGGGGCAUCAAACCAUGUGUGUCAGCUUUUGGAGGAGACCAGUUUACUGCUGAUCAAGUAAUCUACCUGUAGAGUGAAUAGUCCAUUUUACAGUUUUAUUUUUCCAUUUUCUACUUUGCCAUCAAUCUUGGUAGUCUUUUAUCUAUGAUUGUUACACCAAUGUUAAGAGGUGAUGUGUCGUGCUUUGGUCAAGAUUGUUACAUGUUGGCAUUUGGAGUCCCUGCUUUGUUGAUGAUCCUGUCAAUUGCAUUGUUUUAUUGUGGUCGUAACAAGUACAAGAUAGUCCCACCAGAGGGAAAUAUUGUUCUGCUUGUCAGCUGUGCUGUUGGGAAUGCUAUCAAAAAUAAGGUAAAAACUAUUGGUUCUGGGGAAAAGAGGGAACACUGGAUGGACUAUGCGAAGAAGGAUUAUGAUUCAAACCUGGUGGAGGACAUCAAGGCACUGUUCAAAGUGCUUUUCAUGUUUUUGCCUUUGCCGGUGUUCUGGACAUUGUUUGAUCAACAAGGUUCACGGUGGACUCUUCAAGCAGAAGAAAUGGAUGGUAACUUAGGAAAAUUUGGAACCUUAAAACCCGAUCAAGUGCAGGCGCUCAAUCCAGUGUUUAUUCUGAUCAUGAUUCCCAUUUUUGAAAACAUUGUUUAUCCUCUUUUGAGAAAAUGCAAUCUUCUUGUAAGGCCCUUACAACGUAUGUGCGCUGGAAUGCUGCUGGCAGCAUGUUCAUUUGUCAUGGCAGCCUUCAUCCAAAUUGCUAUACAGCGAGGUCGAGUCGCAGCGGACAUUCCACCCGCAGGUUUCGCCAAUCUUCGUGUCAUUAAUGCCGGAGUUUGUGAAAUAAGCGCGUUCGGUGUCGGCUUAAACGCAGAUGUGCCUUUGAUGCAGGCUUCGGAUUAUGCUCACGUCCCAGUUACGUUGGACACAAUAAACGUCAAAACGGUUGGAUGUCCCACCGAACUCACUAAGUCAUUCCCUGUGAAGAUCAAAGAAAAAGAUGCGUCCACGUUUGUUGUUGGAAUUGAAAAGAAUGCCCUGAUCGGAGAGCAGAUUGAGGAUAUUCUCGAGCCAUUAAAAGGAAGUGUCACAAAAGUCAGAUUCGUUUACGCUGGAGGAGAUGUAGCACCGACUGUGGAUAUAAAACUGAACAAAACUUUAACGUACAGAGAUAUUGGAAGCUUCAACAACACCGACUACAAGGAACUCUUAUCAAAGAAGUAUCCGAUCAAGGUUAUGUCCGCUGGAACAGACGAUAAACUUUUAAGCCAAAAGGUGUACUUUGGUGAUGGCGGCGUAUACACGGCAAUUAUACAACCAGAUCCUAAGAAGAAUGAUCAGCUGACCAUCAAGAAGUUUGCGGACGUCAGAGCCAAUUCAAUCUCUAUGCUGUGGCAGAUUCCACAGUAUGUGACCAUCACCGCGGGGGAAGUUCUUUUCUCCAUAACGGGACUGGAGUUCGCUUACUCCCAGGCCCCUGUGAGUAUGAAAUCUUGUGUCAUGGCUGGCUGGCUUAUGACUGUGUCCGUUGGAAACGCCAUUGUUGUGGUGUUUGCUGAAGCCCGACUCACCGAAAACAUGCGUGUCCUGGCGAAGUUGAAGGGAUAUGGAAUUGGUGGAAACCUUCUUAAGUGGCUAAGCCACUUUAUCGUUGGUAGAAAACAGAGUCUCAUUCCGUGGGUACUUUUCUCCUUGGACGAUAGUCACUUCUGGUGUUCCCCAAGGUAG